AUGCGACAACUUGGAAUAAUCAAUGGGUCAUUGUCAUCAUCUUCGAUCGCAGCUCCUUUCGAAUGGGCAGAUCCUACCCAGUUGGUGAAAGAAGGAGUAUCCGAGAUCAGCACUAGGGAGAUUGGUGACGAAGGAGAGCAAAUAAGAAUCAGUCAUGGAAAUAGCGACACUAUAUUGCCGACAGACAAUAAGUCUUCCAACAACAACAAGUCUUCCAACAACAAGCCUCGGGUUGUGGUGGGAAUUUUCUCUCGACUGAACGAUGUAGAAGAACGACAGCGAAGACACUUGGUUCGCCACACAUAUCUCCGCUUUGACUUGAAUCAUCCUCCUACUUUCCAACAAGAAAAUAUGAAUUUGACCAAGAGCAACGACAAUGCCACGAAGGCACCCAAUCGCAUAUGCUCCCUUGCAGAGUUUCAGCAACGCCAUCGAAAUUCAUCGCAGAAUAGCUACGACGGCGCUUGCCAGCUAAUUUAUGCCUUUGUAAUUCCUCUUGAGGAACAUGUUGAUGCAACGGACUCUGCACCCACCGAUGAUUCCUACAAGGAAAAGACUAGCUCUCUUCCUUCCAUCGCAUCCGACUGGUACUCAUCAUCUUCGUCGUUGCCGACUGAGUAUCCCAACGAUGACUGUCUAGAUGAAGAUAUGAUCUACUUUCGGUUUCUCGCAACAAAGCAACAACAAGGCUUACCAUCUCCGCUUCGACCAAAAGUCAUUGCAAGCUGGUACGCGCAUUUACUAAGUGAGGUGCAAUAUUCCAUACCGAUAGACAGCAUUGCCUAUACAGAUACAAAGGUUGCCAUUCUGCCGACCAAGUUUUGGAAGAAUGCUAUUUUUCAUCAUCGCCACCAAGACCGGCAUACGGAAUCAUCGCCGUAUUCCACAUUUCCUCGCUCGCUUACAUAUGCAGGCAUUCAAGUCCAAAAAUCAAAGUGUCAGUCGACCAGUUGUCCCUCAUUACAAGGUGAAUACGUGAUGCGGCGAUGGGUCUGCCUCUCGAGAGGUGUUAUUAUUGCAACUGCUUUCCACAAGGGAGUCCACGAACGCAGCCACUAG